AUGUCUCAUAACGGUGAAAUGCUACUAGUUGAAGAAUAUCGGAAUCCAAGGAUAAGGAAUUUAGAAUAUCUUCCAAUUCUGGAUUCAGAAGGAUUUUUUACAAAAAAAUUACCUGAACCACCAAAACGUUGUAAAGAGAAUUGUAAAUUUUGGUACGAUGGCUUACAACCUUAUGAAAGAUUGUAUUAUCAUCAAACAUUAAAUGCAGUUAGAAAAAGUGCUAGAUUUCGACAAUCCAAAUUAAUUCCAAAAGAUACUUUAGAUUUUAUAUUACAAUCAAAUUACAAUCAUUCUAAGGAAACAUUUCCAUGUAAAACCGAUGUUUAUUUGCAAAAUGAAACAAUGGGAAAGAAAACUUUUAGAGUAUUACGAAAUCAGAGAGAAAUUUAUGUAGAACCUGAAACCAUUUUAGGACACCCAAUACAAAUUGGUGGACUUAAGGAUAAAAUAUCACCUCAUAGCGUUAAAUUAAUCCACAGUGGUCAUCAUUCACAAAUGACAAAUAAAGGUUAUUCCAGACAAUCUGGAGAUGGAAACAUUUUCCAUUAUUAA